UUCCCACCUCCCAACAUGCUCCCUGCGCAGGAAGCAGCCAAAAUCUACCACACCAACUACGUGCGUAACGCGCGCGCCAUGGGCGUCAUGUGGACCGUUUUCACCAUCACCUUCGCCGUCAUCACCGUGGUGGUGUUCAUCCAGCCCUACUGGAUCGGGGACAGCGUCAACACGCCGCAGGCCGGCUACUUCGGCCUGUUCCACUACUGCAUCGGGAAUGCGCUCACCUCGGAGCUCACCUGCAAAGGGAGCGCGCUGGACUUCGGCUCCAUCCCGUCCGGAGCCUUCAAAACGGCCAUGUUCUUCGUGGGCAUCUCCAUGCUGCUGAUCGUGGGCAGCAUCGUGUGCUUCAGCCUCUUCUUUUUCUGCAACGCAGGAAGCGUCUACAAGAUCUGCGCCUGGAUGCAGCUGGCCUCCAGUACGUGCAUGGUGAUUGGCUGCAUGAUCUACCCUGACGGCUGGGAUUCGGAGGAGGUGAAGCGCAUGUGUGGCCAGCGGACGGACAAGUACACUCUGGGAAACUGCACCGUGCGCUGGGCCUACAUCCUGGCCAUCAUCAGCAUCAUGGACUCGCUCAUCCUCUCCUUCCUGGCCUUCAGCCUGGGCAGCCGCCAAGACAACCUGCUGCCAGAGGACUUCCAGGUGGAGGGAAAAGGUAUGAUGGUAUGGGCCGCAAAGAGUCAAUCUGUGGAUGAGGUGGGAGGCAAAAAGGAACAAAAGGGAACAUGUAGCUGUAAUAAUACAGCUAUGUGUUUUUCUUUAAACAUUUGGCUAGUUUACAUAUUCCUCUAA